AUGGCAACGAACGGUCAUUUUGCCUCAAUUGGCGAUCACAGCGAUAAGGCGGCAUACGCUAAUGGCGUGCAGGUGGUAGAUGAGAACAAGGAGUUCAACCCCAAUCUCUCAAAGUACCUAGCUAUCGAAGAUGUGUCCCCCGCCGGCUUCAAUUACCAUCUGAUUUCCGUCUUCGGGUCCCAGUCGACUGGCAAGUCCACACUUCUCAAUAACCUUUUUGGCACCCAGUUUUCUGUCAUGUCUGAGUCCGAGAGACGUCAGACUACCAAGGGGAUAUGGUUGUCGAAGAAUAAGAAACAGAGCUUGGGUGUGGAGGGCACGACCACACGGAUGGCAGAUAAUAUUCUGGUCAUGGACGUCGAGGGUACGGAUGGCCGCGAGAGAGGCGAGGACCAGGACUUUGAGCGCAAGAGCGCGCUCUUUGCGCUAGCGACGAGUGAGGUUCUCAUUGUCAACAUCUGGGAGCACCAGGUUGGACUGUACCAGGGUGCGAAUAUGGGACUACUGAAGACCGUUUUUGAGGUCAACCUGCAAUUGUUCUUGAAGGACAGAAAUACCACCCACCGCUCUCUCCUGUUCUUCGUUAUCCGUGAUUAUGUUGGUGGUACUCCUCUUGCAAGCCUGCAGAAGACGUUGCUUGAAGACAUGUCCCGUCUUUGGUCAUCUAUAUCCAAACCAUCCGGUCUGGAAACCUCUACAAUCCAUGACUACUUCGACUUUCAAUUUUACGGGCUUCCGCACAAAGGGUAUCAACCUGACAAGUUCGUACAAGAGGUCCAGAAGCUUGGAACGAGAUUCCGCGAAGGCAUUAAAGAUCCUAAAAGGGAUGCUCUGAAGGGUGAAUUCUCGGAGGGCGGCGUUUUUCUCCCAGAGUACCAUCGCCAGAUUCCCGCAGACGGAUUUGCUCGAUAUGCGGAGGGUAUCUGGGAUCAGAUCGUCAACAACAAGGAUCUUGAUUUGCCCACUCAGCAGGAACUGCUUGCGCAAUUCCGCUGUGAUGAGAUUUUGAGAGAUGUGAUGAUCGGCUUUGAUGAAGCGAUCGUUCCCUUUGAGGAAAAACAGGCAGCAGCUAUCCGUGUAGGAGCAGCAGAGGUGCUCGGAGGAUUGGGCUCUGCCAUGCGAACCGCACGUGGGAAGACCCUCAAGAGAUUUGAGGUAGACGCUAGCCGAUACCACAAGGGCGUGUAUCAGCGAAAGCGAGCGGAUCUGGAGAACAAGGUCGACACUCGUCUCAAGGCUCUUUUUAACGGCCAGUUAAGCGCAGCGCAUAAACUGGGGAUCCGAGAUUUCAGCGAGGCGGUUACUGCUGCUGUUAAAACGGGCCAGAAGCAAGGUGCCAGUUACGACUUCGCGGAGAUUGUCAAGAAGGAGGUCAAGGUUGCGUUGCAGAAAUUCGAAGAGAUUGCUCGCGCGACUGCAGUUGAGGGCACUGCAUGGAGCGACUACAAGCAGCAGUUGUCCCUGUAUGAAAAGGAGUUGGCCGAGGUCAGCGGGCGGCUGAGGCGAGAUGAGCUGAGACGUUUGGCGACCCGAGUUGAGCGCUGGGUUCAGUCCCGUCUCGGAGACUCUAUUGGGUUGCAAUUCAAUUCUCUUGGGUCCGGGAGAGCAGGCGGUGGUGCUCCUGAAUCGGGGGAGAAACCAUCGGAGAAGGAUUUCUGGGACCGUAUUUGGAGCUUGUUUGUGGAAACGGUGCUUGAAGCAGAGAAAAGAUUUACGGACCGGUCCAGUCGCUUUGAUGCUAGUCUGGAUGAAGUCGACGUCGGUCUGUGGAGGUUACGCAGGAAGUCGUGGGCUGUUUUGCGAGCCAAGCUCGAGGAGGAGAUGAUGGAGGGCAAUUUACUCUUGAAACUGCGGGAGAAUUUCGAAGACAAAUUCCGCUACGAUGACGAGGGUGUGCCCAGGAUCUGGCGCCCGACUGACGACAUUGAAGGUGUCUAUACGCGUGCUCGCGAAUCGACUUUGACUCUCAUCCCUCUCCUGGCCCGUUUCCGCCUGGCAGAGACGUCCGCCCCUCCACCCCUUGAUAGGUGGAUCGGGCAUACUCCUACCUCUGCGACGCCUGCGGAUGAGGAGGAUUUGACUCCAAUUGGUGGAGUGGAUGAAGAGGAAGGCAAGAGCCUGGAAGAGGAGGUGACCAUGCUCAGCGAUCCGAAACAACAGGAGAUUACGGUGCGGUUCAAGAAGGCCGCGGAUGGAGUCUACGUUGAAGCGAAGCGUAGCGCCAUUGGAGGCAUAACCCAAGUUCCAAUGUACUUUUACGCGUUGCUGGUGGCGUUGGGAUGGAACGAGAUUCUCGCCGUCCUCCGUAAUCCGAUUUAUUUCAUCUUCCUCUUUCUCUGUGGGCUUGCCGCCUAUGUUACCUACGAACUCAAUUUAUGGGGACCCAUGCUCAAAAUGGCCGACGCAGCAUCACAGCAGGCUCUUGAAGAGGGCAAGCGUCGGCUGCGCGAAUUUCUCGAAUCUUCGGAGACAGGAAGGCAGGCUAUUGCCAUGUCGCCGCCGUCCAGGGCCAGAUCGGAGGAGUACGAGAUGAGCAACCUCAGAAAGAGAAACGACACUGCAGAUGAGGACGACGAUGAUUUCUGA